UUCAUCAUUCGUUCAUUCACAGAUACAUACACGCUGUUGUGCUUGUGCCUUGCAGGAGCCGUGUGGGCGACGGCGGUGGGCGCGUCGGUGGCGUACAGCCGGCGCCGGGCCACGAGCCUGCGCCUCAUCCACGCUAGGAUGCACGCCCAGGCGCUCACACUCGCCGUCCUCGGCGGAGCCGCGCUCGCGCACCACUACUACGGCAACUCCGGCAGCAGCAGCGAGAGGCAGGAGGACCUGGACUACGGCUUCUACUCCCAGCUGCCGCCCGCCACCGACGCCGACGGCAACGAGAACGAGCGCUGGAGCUGGUAGCUAGCAAGGAGAUGGAGAAGGAGACGUCACUUCACUUGCAAGUUGCAACUACGGGACAAGAGUAAGACAUCAGCAGCGACAAGAAAGAGGAACAAACAAAUACUAGUAGUAAAUUAGGUCCUAAUCCUAAUCCAUCCAGCUAUGGGAACGGAACCCGCCCGCCCGUCGAUGGUUUUCUCCUGUUGGUUUGCUAUAUACUACCGGAGAAGACGAUGCAGCGCUCUUUGGAUUCUUCUGCUGUACUACUAGUAGUACCUGUACCAUUUCAUCUAUCUACUGAUUAAAUGGUCAUGAUGAUGACGAUAAUUAUGUCUUGUUUUCUUGUAAAAUGUUUGUUUUUUUAAAGAAAACAAUACUCCUAUGGUGAA